CUGACCAUGUUUCAACUUGCUGUUGUUCCCUUCAGAACAAGUACAAGCAGAGCGGGAAGAAGUCCAUGUCGUCCAGUUUGUACGCUCAGCUGCCGCAGACGGCCGAGACGCAGCUCGCCGCCAAGAUGUCCGACCUGCAGAGCGAGAGUAAAUACAAAGAGGACGGCAUCAAGAGUCUCUCUCAGAGCUUCUACUCUCAGCUUCCAGAAACUGCAGAGACGCAGUUCGCCAAAAGUGUCUCUGAGCUGCAGAGCGAGGCCAAAUACAAGGAGGCGAGCAGGAAGGAGGCGAGCAGCUGUCUGUACCACCAGCUCCCUCAGACUCUGGAGACGCUCCACGCUAAAGAGGCGACUGAGCUGCAGAGUCAGGUAAAGUAUAAAGAGGGAGGCAAGAAGGAGCUGAGCACCAACCUGUACUCAGCGCUGCCCGAGACCGAGGAGAUGAAGCUCGCUAAAGCCGUCAUGGAGCUUCAGAGUGAGGUGGGUGGACGUUUACGAGGAGAGGUCACCACCGUGGUUCAGGUUCUCAGGUGGAGAAACAUCCUAAAAUCCUAGAUAUGUACUUAAAUCAUACAAAUCUCCUAAAAUCGUAAAAACCUCCAAAAUUCCUCGAAACUUCCUAAAAUCCUAGAAAUGUCCCAAAAUCCUAAAACCAUUCUAAAAUCAAA